ACUCCUCCACCCUUCACCAUUUCCAUCUCUGCUGCACUUGUUGCAUCAACCACUCGGCGACGCGGUUUGACUUAGAGGCAUCGCCCGCCGCUUCCCUCAUUUCCCGCAACCACUCGGCCGCCCUUUGUUGUGCCGUCGGCCCUCUUUCGAAUCCCUGAAAUUCUGCGCCCAGCUUUGCUGCUCUCCGUGCUGCAGCAACCAUCGAAACCGCCCCGGCACUCAUCGGUACAGCUUUUAGUCCACAGCAACCAUGACUGCCGAGCUCCGCAGGAAGCUGGUCAUCGUCGGCGACGGUGCCUGCGGCAAGACCUGCUUGUUGAUUGUCUUCUCAAAGGGCACUUUCCCGGAGGUCUACGUCCCCACUGUUUUUGAGAACUACGUUGCCGAUGUCGAGGUCGAUGGAAAGCACGUCGAGCUGGCGCUAUGGGAUACGGCUGGCCAAGAGGAUUACGACCGCCUGCGGCCCCUGUCGUACCCCGACUCCCACGUCAUCCUGAUUUGCUUCGCCAUUGAUUCCCCCGACUCUCUGGACAACGUCGGCGAGAAGUGGUGCUCAGAAGUACAUCACUUCUGCCCGGAUGUUCCGAAGAUCCUCGUCGGCUGCAAGAAGGACCUGCGUUUCGACCCGAAGACGAUUGAGGAGCUCCGCAAGACCAGCCAGCAGCCCGUCACCCCUGAACAGGGUCAAGCGGUUGCGAACAACAUCAAGGCCACCAAGUACCUCGAGUGCUCGGCCAAGACCAACGAGGGCGUCCGCGAGGUGUUCGAGUUCGCGACACGGGCCGCUCUGCUGAAGAAGACCUCGAAGAAGAAGGGCAAGUGCGUCAUCGCCUAAGCGUGAUGACGCUCUCCGCCACUGUCAAUGUCAAUCACUGGUGCGCCAGUCCUUGAUUACCGUGCGGCCGCCGACGACACAGCACCACGGAUCCUUUGCUUUUGGGAGGGGAAAUAUGGAGCCGCUCGCGUUGCCUGCCACCGGUUAUGAACCACGAGGGGCGGGACACAAAGAGCUGUAUGCUCCAGCGAGGUUGCAAGCGGGGUGCUCGCCGCCCUGGAGAUAGGUUGGGAGAGGAAACUCGGUCCUCAAGCAAGAGCUAGGGACAGCAGGAUUGCAAUCACGGCCGUCAUGGGUGACCCUGGGUGCUACCCUAGUCUCGGUCGAGUUGGAGAUGGCCGGUUAAACAUACAGGGGCGGCAAAGCUAUAAUCCAACACGUCCUCUUUCUUCCCUUUCUAUCUUGUCUUUUUUCCCUGUCUCAAGAUUACUCGAUGGUCUCGCGGUUUCCCACUGUCUCUUUUACUAGCUAGCUAUUUAUUCAUUGUCUUUCUUGGACCA